AUGUUAGGUGCUGAUCCAAGUUCAGUUGAUAAUGAUAAUAAUACACCAUUACAUUUAUCAACUUCAUUAAUGAGUAAAUAUAAUCAAUCAAAUAUUCUUUUAGCCUUAGUUUCUCAUCAUCCUAAUAUAUUAUGUCAAAAAAAUAAAUAUGGUUUAAUACCACUUCAUUUAGCAUUAAAAAAUUUUGAUUAUCAAUCUAUAAAUUAUUUAAUGCCUGAAAAUGAAGGCAAUUUAAUUGAACAAGCACAAUAUUCAUUAUUAAUACUUGAUUCAAGUGGACGUCAUUCACUUCAUUAUGCUGCUCAUUCAGGUUUAACAACAUUUAUUGAACGUUAUUUUAGAAAAAUGAAUAAAGAUAUUAUUAAUCAACAAGAUACACUUGGACUUACACCAUUACAUUAUGCAUGUAUUAAAUGGCAUGGACUUGAUUCAAUUGAUAUUUUAUUAAAAUAUGGUGCUGAUGUUAAUAUAAAAUGUCAUACAUAUGGAGCUAUUCCAUUGCAUUAUAUUCUUGUUUAUUGUAAUUCAUCAGAUGUCAUUGAACAAUUAAUUCGUGCUGGUAGUGACGUAUUAAUAUGUACAAAACAUGGUGAAACAUGUUUAUCAUAUUGUAUUAUGCAAAAUGAUACAUAUUUACUUCAAAAACUUUUUAAUUCAGUAUCGAACAAAACUUUUGAUAUUACAAAUCUAUUAUUUUUAUCUUGUUUACAUGGAAAAGAUAAUUCAUUAGAAUAUCUUCUUGAAAAUUAUAAAAAUAUUGAUUUAAAUGAAACUAUGAACGAUGGAAUGACAGCACUUAUGUUAGCUUGUUAUUAUGGACAUUGUUCAUGUGUACAUUUACUUUUACAUAGAAAAGUAAAUGUUAAAAAAAUUAAUCCAAUUGAUGGAAAAACUAGUUUACAUUAUGCAGCAUUAAGUGGACAAAGUGAAUGUUUACUUGCUUUAUUACAAGAAUUACAAGCUAGUCAAGAUGAUUUAAAAUUAAUUAUUAAUCUUCGAGAUAAAAAAGGAAAGACGGCUCUACAUUAUUGUGUUGAACAUUCUUCACCAAAUUGUAUACGUUUAUUAAUUAAUUUUGGUGGUGCAAAUCCGAAUGUAACAGAUUUAUCAUUACUAACACCAUUACAUUAUUGUGCGAUUUAUAAUUGUGAAGAAAGUUUACAAGAAUUACUUGAUGUACAUGAUUUAAAAGUUAAUGCUAUUGAUAAAAAUAAACGAUUACCAUUACACUAUGCAGCUGCAACUGGAAAUAUAACUAUUUUAUCAACUUUAGCUGACUAUGAUUACGAACAAGUUGCUGAUAUUGAUGGAUUUAGUCCAUUACAUUAUGCCGUUUUGAGAGGACAUGAAACAGCAGUUCGUAUUCUACUUGCUUCUGAAAUUAGUCUUCGAUGUUUAACAACAAGUCGUAUAACACCUGUUCAUCUUGCUUGUAUUUGUGCUGAUUCAACAUGUCUUAAAGUAAUUUUAAAUGCUUUACAAACGGAUAGUAUUUCAACAAUGAUCAAUUUACCAACAAAACUAGAGCAAUUUACACCUUUACAUUUAGCAUCAAUGAUAAAAAAUGGAUCUGAAUGUAUAAAAAUAUUACUUCAUUAUGAUGAUGUUAAUGUUGAUGCGAAAGAUCAUUUACAACGUACACCAACUAUGUAUGCGAUUAUCAACGAAAUUGAUUCCAGUACAAUAGAUAUGCUAGUUUCGAAAUGCCAUUAUUUUGAUGCUGUUGAUCAUUUAGGAAAUAAUAUUCUUCAUUAUGCUUGUAUAUUCAACAAUGAACCAGUUGUUGAAAGUCUUUUAAAACGAAAUACGUCUUCAUCAUUUGUUGAAGCAAUCAAUAAGGAAAAUCGAACACCGUUAGAUAUAGCAAGAAAUAAUCAAAUGUCACCUUCGAUAAUUGAUAUAUUAUUUUCUUUAUCUGGUCGAUUGUAA